CCGCAACAUCACCAGUAGUGACUAUGGGCGUUGGUAUUGAGUUUUUGAUUGAAAGAGGCAGAAAAGGCUGAAACUUUAGUGCACCCAUUAAUGGAGUUUCCUCUUGGUCUUACCAAAUUUCAAUGGGGAUGAAAUUGGUUCUGCGUUAGAUCAGACUGACGAGUCCACUGAUGCUUGGAUUCAGUUUGAGAAUAUUGGGCUAAGGUUAGCUUUCAAGUCCUUGCAGUUAUGAUAAAAAGGAGUCUACUCUCAAUCCACAAUGCCUCUUUGAGAGGCUUUUCAUCAACAGCAUCUUGCUUGCUUAAAGUUGGAGAUUCAUUAAAGCACACAAGAAUUUUCUCCAAUGAAGAUCUAGUGGAAUAUGCUAAAGUUACUUUCGACGAUAACCCUGUACAUUUUGAUACCGAGUCUGCUCGAAAUGCUGGAUUUGAAGAUCGAUUAGUUCACGGGAUGCUUGUUUCGUCCUUGUUUUCUCGAAUCCUAUCCUCUAAUUUUCCCGGAGCUAUACAUGUUUCCCAGAGCCUACAUUUCAAGUUACCGGUCUACAUUGGAGAAGUGAUUGUAGCUGAGAUGAAAGCUUUUACCUUAAGAAAAAUCAAUAACAAAUACCUUGCAAAAUUCAGUGCAAGGUGCUUCAAGAAUGGUGACCUUCUUGCUCUUGAUGGCGAGACGGUGGCUAUCUUACCUUCAUUAGCUGUGGCGCGAGCUCAAGUGCAUCAUUCAGAAUGAUAAAGUGAGAAAGAUGGUGUAAUUCAAGUGCUUAAAAGUGCAACUCAUCACUAUGGAUCUUGAAGUUGAAAGUAUCAAAGUUCACAAAUGAAGCACUUUUAUGCUGAUGAUUAUGAAAUUUUGGAAAAUUUUCACUUAGUUUUGUUCCUUUUCCCUUCCCACGUUUUGAAUUUUGUUUUGUAGCCUUUUAGCAAAGGAUUAGUCACCUACAUUUUCCUAAAAUUGGUCAAAAGCAAAUAUUAGUGGUGACUCUUUGUUUUUCAGAA